UCUUACCCCUCCUACAAGGCGGCCGGACGCCCACAGAUCGGAUCGGGUCAUCAACUCAUCAUCGCCCCCCUUCAAAAGGCCACCCCCCUCCCCCUCCCUUCUCGCCUCAUUCCCCACAGCCGCCGCCUCCUUCCUCUCCUCGAUCUCCCUAUUCGUCGUAGCCUCCUCCCUCGUUCGCUCCGCCCGCAACCAUGUCGGCCUACUGCGGCAAGUACAAGGACGAGCUCAUCAAGAACGCUGCCUACAUUGGCACUCCUGGCAAGGGUAUCCUUGCUGCGGAUGAGUCCACUGGCACCAUUGGCAAGCGCUUCGCCAGCAUCAACGUCGAGAACGUUGAGGAGAACCGCCGCUCCCUCCGCGAGCUCCUCUUCUGCACCCCUGGCGCCCUCCAGUACCUCAGCGGCGUGAUCCUCUUCGAGGAGACCCUGUACCAGAAGACCAAGGAUGGCAAGCCCUUCGUCGAUGUCCUCAAGGAGGGUGGUGUCCUCCCGGGCAUCAAGGUGGACAAGGGCACAAUCGAGGUUGCCGGCACCGAGAAGGAGACCACCACCCAGGGCCAUGAUGACCUUGGCAAGAGAUGCGCCAAGUACUACGAGGCUGGUGCCCGCUUCGCCAAGUGGCGCGCCGUCCUCAAGAUCGGCCCCAACGAGCCGUCGCAGCUCGCCAUUGAUCUGAAUGCGCAGGGCCUCGCUCGCUACGCCAUCAUCUGCCAGGAGAACGGGCUGGUGCCGAUCGUCGAGCCCGAGAUCCUUGUUGAUGGCCCUCACGACAUCGACCGCUGCGCCUACGUCUCGGAGGUGGUCCUCGCUGCGUGCUACAAGGCCCUCAACGAGCACCAUGUCCUCCUCGAGGGUACCCUCCUCAAGCCCAACAUGGUCACCCCAGGCUCUGACGCCAAGAAGGUGUCUCCCGAGGUCAUCGCUGAGUACACCGUCCGCACCCUCCAGAGGACCGUCCCCGCUGCCGUGCCCGCCAUCGUCUUCCUGUCCGGUGGGCAGAGCGAGGAGGAGGCGACCCUGAACCUCAACGCCAUGAACAAGCUCAGCACCAAGAAGCCGUGGUCGCUGUCCUUCUCCUUCGGCCGUGCCCUCCAGCAGAGCACGCUCAAGGCCUGGUCCGGCAAGGCGGAGAACAUUGAGAAGGCCAGGGCGGCCUUCCUUACCAGGUGCAAGGCCAACUCCGAGGCUACCCUCGGUACAUACAAGGGUGACGCUGUCCUCGGCGAGGGCGCCUCCGAGAGCCUUCACGUCAAGGACUACAAGUACUGAUUUGCCUUGGGAGGUGCUGGCUACCAUUGGAACAUUCUGCGGCUGUUGCUUAAUGUGGUUUUGAUAUCUAGAGGGCAAUCUAUGGUUAUCUAAAAUGUCUUGUCGUAAUAAUUCUGGAACCUUUUUGUGUAACACAUUACCAAAUAUCAAUUGCCUGGAUUGAAAUAUCGUUUUUAUCA